ACAGACUGGCUGAGGAGUGGAGGGAUCAGAGGCACUGGUUGGCACAGUGCGGCUUGGUUUGACUCAUUUAGACUUGAUUUGGAGAGACUGGAAUACACACACACACUGAGUGUAGCUUAGUGCGGCCUGGCUCGAAUUGGGGACUCCGGAACACUCACGCACGAAGCUGCAUACACACACACUCUCUCCCUCACACACUCUGUCAUGUCUCUGGCGGAGUUUGUGCGUCAGGGACAGCUGCAGGAGGCUUCAUCACAUCUGUUGUCCAGACUGGGUCAGGUCCUACGCAGCCUGUCUGUCAUUGUCCUGGCCCACAGAGCUACAGACAACCUCAGCUAUAGCUACAGACGCAAGAGCACCUACUGGGACUGCCGGGACACAGAUGACAUCAUGCAGCAGGAGAGUGAUCGUCUGUUUGCUGCAGACAUCGAUCCUGACCUCAGGAAACGGUUUGCUUUCCUCUCAGGGGGCCGAGCUGAGAACGGCAGUCCCAUCAUCGUGUUCCCAGAAUUCCCUGCUUUUGGCGAGCUCCAGGAGGAAGAGUUCCACAACGUGCUGACCUACCUGACCAGUGUGCCCAGUGUGACAGCGUCUGGAGUGGGCUUCAUCCUGGUCAUCGACCGCCGCCAGGACAGAUGGACCGCCGUCAAGGGGACCCUGCUACGCAUUGCAGGCUCAUUCCCAGUACAUUUACAGCUGGUUCUGGUCUUACGGCCCUCCACCUUAUUCCAGCGGACGCUCUCCGACAUCUUCUUCAAGUUCAACAGGGAUGAGUUCAAGAUGAAGGUGCCGGUGGUGAUGCUGAGCUCUGUGACUGAGCUCCAUGCCUACAUCGAUCGGACUCAGCUGCCCCAGGAGCUGGGAGGAACCCAGGAUUACUGCCAUGAUACCUGGAUCUCACACCGCACCGCUAUCGAGGCCUUUGCUCUGAUGGUGAAGACCACGGCUCAGACCCUGCAGUCGUUUGGGACGGAGCUGGCUGAGACCGAGCUACCCAACGACGCCCAGGCCACGUCCAACCUGCUGGCCACACACACCGAGAAGAAGGGACAGAUGAAGGAGGACCUGUGUGUGGCCCUGGGCCAGGGGGGCCGGCUCCUGGAGAGCAUCAACGAGCCCUUGCAGAGAGAACCCGACUAUACAAUGAACCAGGACGAACUGGAAAACCUGGCCACCGUGCAGAGACUGCUGGGCCAGCUGGAUGAGACAGAGACGGCGUUUGAUGAUUUCUGGGAGAGACACCAGACCAAGCUGGAACAGUGUCUGCAGCUCCGCCAUUUUGAAUACUACUUCCGUGAGGUGCGUGCCCAGCUGGAUGUGGUGUCAGAGCGGGUAGAGGCGUUCUCGGAGGUUGGCAUCAGUCCCGCCCAUGCAGAACACAUCCUACGAGAACUCAACAGCCAGGAGGAGAAAGCCUGCGAUGUGUUGGACUGGGCUCUGUCCCUGGCCGCUGAGGGGGAUGGGCUGAUUGAGAGUGCACACUAUGCUGAGGACUCCAUCCUGCCUAAGUGCAGUGAGCUGAGGGCCGUGUGUGAUGAGGUCACCUCCUUCCUCAAGACCAAGAAGGUCCUCCUCCUGAGGGCCAUGGAGCUGCACCACUGUCUGGAGAAGGCAUCGAGGUGGUGUGAGGAAGGGAUCUACCUCCUUGCCUCCCAGCCGGUAGAUAGAUGUCAGUCUCAGGACGGGGCGGAGGCCGCGCUGCAGGAGCUGGAGAAGUACCUGGACACGGCCGCCCAACACCAGAUCACCGACCUCAACGCCAUCUGGAGGGACUAUGACUCCAUCCUUAAUCCAGAGCUCAGGGAGCAGGUAGAGAAGGUGUUUCAAAAGCAGGUGUCCAUGCAGGAGAUGUUUGAGAAGAGGAGGGUCAGUCUGAAGAAGCUGGCAGCCAAACAGACACGGCCCGUCCAGCCAGUGGCUCCCAGGCCUGAAGCCAUCAUCAAGUUCCCCAUGUCCCCUCCUGCUCACAGGAGUCAAGAGACAAGGAAUGCAGAGGACAACAUCUUGAACGUAGAAAACUGCAGAAUAGUGGAGGUCCAGGUGCAGAACGACGGCAGCAGACACGGCUCUCUGUCUGAGGAGGAGGAGAACCUGGCUGUGCUCCGACGACAUGUAAUGAACGAGCUGUUGGAGACUGAGAGGGCGUAUGUAGAGGAGCUACUCUGUGUACUGCAGGGUUAUGCUGCAGAGAUGGACAACCCAGCCAUGGCUCACCUCCUCCCCAGUGCGCUGCUCAACAGGAAGGAUGUCCUGUUUGGAAACAUGCCAGAGAUCUACCAGUUCCACAAGAGGACAUUCCUCAGGGAGCUGGAGACCUACACAGACGUCCCUGAGCUGGUGGGACGCUGUUUCCUGGAGAGGAUGGGCGACCUGCAGAUCUAUGAGAAGUACUGUCAGAACAAACCUCGAUCCGAAAGCUUGUGGAGACAGUGCUCUGACUGCGCCUUCUUCCAGGAGUGCCAGAGAAAGUUGGAACACAAACUGGGGUUGGACUCGUACCUCCUCAAGCCAGUCCAGAGGAUAACCAAAUACCAGCUGAUACUGAAGGAGUUACUGAAGUACAGUAAGGGCUGUGAGGGUUCAGAGGACCUGCAGGAGGCGCUGUCCUCCAUCCUGGGGAUCCUGAAGGCCGUCAACGACUCCAUGCACCUCAUCGCCAUCACAGGAUAUGAGGGGAGCCUGACGGAGUUGGGCAGGCUGCUGAUGCAGGGGUCGUUCAGCGUGUGGACGGAACACAAGAAAGGUCACGCUAAGGUCAAGGACCUGGCCCGCUUCAAGCCCAUGCAGAGACACCUGUUCCUGCAUGAAAAAGCCCUGCUCUUCUGUAAGAGACGGGAGGAGAGCGGGGAGGGUUACGAGAAAGCCCCGUCCUACAGCUUUAAACACUCCCUCAACAUGAGUGCGGUGGGCAUCACGGAGAGCGCCAAGGGUGACAACAAGAAGUUUGAGAUCUGGUGUAAUUCCAGAGAGGAGGUGUUUAUCGUCCAGGCUGCGACACCUGAGAUCAAAACAUCUUGGUUGAACGAGAUCAGGAAGGUUCUGACUGGCCAGCUGAAGGCUUGCAGGGAAUCUAGUCAAAAGAAGGCGUCAGACACAAUGUCUCCCAGUCCAACCAGCAACAGCCCACCUAUCUGUCUCAGUCCAUUUAGGAACUGUCAGAAGAGCGUGAAGAAAGGAGAAGAGAAGAAGACAGACGCUGUCAUCUCUGACCCCAACUCCCCCUCCUCCCCAAAACACAAAGAGGAGACCGUCACCAGUCCCACCACUGACAGGGCAUCAGUGGCUAAAACGCGUUUUACCCUUCAAGGCUUCAGCAAUCUGAAGAGUCAGAAAGGAUCCCCCCUUAGCCCUGACCAUAAAGCCAAAUGCCACCAGAUUAAGAGUGACCCAACUCCCUUUGGGUGUAAAGAGCCUGGUCAGACUCCUCACAUCACUCUGAGCAGGGCCAAGUGGCUCAGCACCUCUAGUCUCUUACAGGCCAAAAGGAGAGGUUGGAACAAGGCCUCUUUCUCCAUGGAUGUGCCAGAAGUGCAUGAUGGGUACUCCAGCGCCGAGGACCCCAUGAACUCUGACCCUGAGGAUGAGGGAGGCAGGAAGCUGGCUGUCGGCAACAGGUUCACAGUGGUGGCGGACUAUGAGAAGGAGAAAGGAGGGCCUCAGGACCUGUCAGUGAAGAGUGGAGACAUGGUGCAGCUCAUUAAAGAGGGAGGUGACGGACAGUGGUUUGUUAGAAACUUGGGGAGCAACAAAGAUGGCUGGGUAGCAGCAGCCAACCUUCUCACCCUCAUCACAGAGUCCAAGUCCUCACAGUCCCUCUGCAGCUCAGAGGGCAGUGUAACUGGCAACCUCAACACCUCCUCCAGCUGCAGUGAAACCUACACAAGUUUCUCUGACAUCAAGCCCUAAAGUCCUGCCCCCUCUAAGCCCUGAGACACAGCUACAGCGCCACCCAGUGGUUGGCUGUUCAAACGACACGUGCACUUUUCCCCUCUACUACUGUUCAAAUCAAAUCAAAUUGUAUUUAUCACAUGCGCAGAAUACAACUGGUGUAGCCUUUACAGUGAAAUGCUUGCACACGUUAGUUUACAUUACAGUCCAUAGAUACUUCACUCUCAUACUGAAGUGGAGGCUGCCUGGAAUGUAGCAGAAAGCAGUCUAAUAGCUGCUUAUCUGUCAAUGUGAAGGGAAGGUAAUGAAUGCUUUCCUCUGAACAUACUCUACUCUCAGGGAUAAGAGGUAGUGUCCUAGUCUUUUACUGUGAUUGAGGGCUAGCACACAUUGAGAACAGGAAGUUCAGGCCUCUCCCCUACCUGUUUGACAGAGAUGAACAAGGAAGGACACACCCGCUCCAUGCACACACACAGGCAGGCUUUGUUAGCCUAGCGCGGUACCGCUCCUCCCACUCCAACAAGGUGACAGUGAUAUGGAGCCAGGAGCUCCUCUACUGAACUCAACACUUCAACAGACAAACAAACAGACGCCUCAGUCUCUCUCCUGUGGACUCUGGUAACCAGUUGUGUCAUAAAAUACUUUUUGAGUUUGGUCAACUGUAUAUCUAUGGCUUUGUCCAGAGGCCCUCCAGUACAUUUCCAGUCCCUCUCCCUCCCUGUUUCUCCUUCCUCCACCUGUGCUGUCUGGGCUAUUAGUGAACUCUUGGCUUUGUUCCCAGUGAUCUGAGAGAGCUGGGCUUUAAACUACCAGGUGUUCCUUUAGGCAGGGGCGAUAUUACAGGACGGUCAGAUAUCAUAGAUACUUCAACAAUAACAGUGCUCAGGAUGUUCUUCUGAAUCCUUUUCUCUUGGCUCAAAGUCCAAUCCUAUACACUACACAGAAAUCCCCUGAAGAUUGAGAUUCCCGUAAAGAGAUUCAUGUCAGGUCGAUUGAUGUUGAAAUAACUGUGUACUGUACCAGAGAGUAUAAACUUAAAAGGAAUUAUUUGUAUGCGUUAAUCAAUGUGUAUAAGUUCAUUUAUUUGAGAAAGAUGUGUACAGAUAUUAUUAUCCUAUACCUCGUAUUUUUCAUUGAAUAUGUGUAUGUUGUGUAUGAAGACCAUGGAUAUGUUUUCGUGGGCCUAAGUAUAUCAAAGAUAUUUUAUUAAUUGGUUGGCUGGGCAUGUUUCCAUGGUAAUUUCUUAAAACUUCUGAGACGACAUAUAUUAAUAGAAAUAUCAUUUUCCUCAUUUGAGAAUGCAGUCUGUACACUGAAAACCGAAGAUGGAAUAUAACUAUAACGUCCUGUGCUGAAAGUUCAACUCGGAAUGAUGGUUGUCUCAAAUUUCAGCACGCACAAUAAAAGGUUUUAAACUGUUCUGGUUAUAACCGUUUUAGUUAUAACUGUUUUUAUAACUUAUUGUUCUACUGUAUAUCUUUUUCGAUUUGCACCCAGUGAGAUUACAAUGUUGUUACUGUGUGUCACAUUGUUAUGCAGCACAUUGCCGCAUUAUUUUGUUCUUUAUUUUCCUACGGUAACAAGUGUUGAUACAGAUCUUCUAUAAUUAAUGAUAUGCAUUCAUAUCAGUGUAUAUGUGUAAAUAUGUAUCUCUGUGUAUUAUUAAAGCCGCUGAAUAAAGACAAACAUUCUUUGCUUUAA